UGUUUCCAGUCAGUUGACCUGGAAGGAGGGGUUCCCUGAACACAAAGGCAGAUACCGGAAGCGGACUCGAGACUCCUCAUCAAAGGUUGACAUAGAUGAGAUCAAAAAGCAGGUGAAGAUGGAGAUGUUUGGAGAGCUGAAGACCAUCUUCGAGUCUCAGGGAUUGUCAUUCCCUGAUAUGCCGGGGAGUACGAUGAGUGAAGAGAGAAGGGACAGCUUCGCUUGUACUGCAGCGGGUGCUUCUCAGAGUAGAGGGACAGAGAGGGCAAUUGUGCCUACAUCAGUGGAGCCGGAUACGAUAGAUGGCUUGGCUCGUCCGACCCGAUGCAGUCUUCUCGUGCAGCUGGUCGGAGAUUCAUCUUUCAUGGAGGUCGGGAACGGGCUUGUGUAUCCCGGUAUGUCCCAGCUUGAAGGUGUCCAGGUCAGGGCUGAUUGUGCUGUGGUCAAGAUUGACUACGUGCAUGAGUUUGCUAAGAAUAUCAAGCUGGAGGUGCCACCAGAUGACAUGACCACCACUUUGCGGGAUGCAGUUGCGAGAAGGGUUCAGUGGCGGAGAGCUGGUAUUCAUAUUGAUCCAGCAGAUGCAGAUUCAGUACCGACCAGUCAACCUCAGCCACAGAGUGCUGCAGUGCCACCGACAUUUUCUGAGCCAUGCCCACAGCUGCCGGAUACACGGGAAGCGUUAUCGGAUCCGCAUCCUCCUGUCCCUACUCAGCCUCAGGUUACCCCCCCUCCACCUGUUCCGACAGAGCCAGCUACCGCUCCCAAGAAGCCAAGCAAGGCUAAUCCUGUGAGGAAGAAGCAGAGUAGGCCGAUGGCGACGAAGCGGGAGAUCUCAGAGGGUAAGAAAAAGGUGGAGCGGAUAAAACAACCGGUCACAAGGGCUUACACUUCUGAGAAUCCAAAGUACAGGGUUGGAAAGGCCUUGCUUAGUGUCUCUGAGCUUCGGGCAGCAGGUCAAUAUUGUGUGGACCUGCACAACUACUACAUGCAAAAUGUCAAUCAAGCCGAGGAAAUCAUGGUGUCAUUCGAAGAGCGGCACUUUCUGCAGCUUGAGGGCAAAGAAGAAGUUAAAUUGGGUGGCCCCGUUCAGUACCGGUGGAUGUAUCCCAUGGAGAGAUAUUUUGUUCGGCUAAAGGCACUUGUGAAGAAUAAAGCUCAACCAGAAGGAUCAAUUGCUGAAGGAUAUUGCAUGGAGGAGUGCAUGACCUUUUGUUCGAGAUUUAUAGAAGGAACUACACGUUUGACAAGGGCGUAUUCUAGGAAUCCUGCACCUUCUGAUGAGAAAAAAGACAUGUACCUGUUUGAUAGUGUUGGUGUACCAAUUGGAAAGUGUAGUACUAUCAACCUUGAUAAGAAGCUUCUUGUUCAAGCACAUCGGUACAUCUUGCGACAUUGUGAUGAACUUGAAGAUUUUCGCAGAGAAUUCUUGGAUGAGGAGAAAAGCAAAUUGUGUCACUCAACUAAUUUGACAUCUUUUUUCAGUGAGAAGUUGAUCGAUGAACACUUUCCUGACUGGUUGGAGCAAAAGGUGUGA